AAUUGCCAGAGAACAGAAGUAGCUUGUGCAGAAGAGAGAGGCAGAGAUUGUUGGUCGGCAAGUCUUGAAGUUGCAGGAAGCUAUGGCGAUGGCAAAGGAGAAUAAGAACAAAAACAAGGAAGAUGAAGAUGAGCUUCACAAUCACAACAGCUCAGGGAAGAGGCUCAAAUGCAUGAGGAAGAUGAAGAAGAAUGAAGAACAAGACCAAGUUGUUGAUGAUGAUGAUGGUGUUGUUGUUGUUGCAGGGGAAGCUGAGGAAAGUGAGCUUCCACUUCAACCAGGACUCUUCUUCUACCCAACAACACCAACCUCUUUUGUUGUGGCUGAUGCUCUUGAACCUGAUUUUCCCAUCAUCUAUGUCAACAAGGUCUUUGAAACCUCCACUGGGUAUCGUGCUGAUGAAGCUCUUGGUCGGAACUGUCGGUUCUUACAGUACCGGGAUCCUCGAGCUCAGAGGCGGCACCCUUUGGUGGAUCCUGUUGUUGUGGCUGAGAUUAGAAGAUGUCUUGAGGAAGGUAUUGAGUUCCAAGGUGAACUUCUGAAUUUCAGGAAGGAUGGUACUCCUUUAGUGAACAGGCUGAGACUUGCACCAAUUCAUGAUGAUGAUGGAACUGUGACACAUGUAAUAGGCAUCCAAAUAUUUUCCGAGGCGAAUAUAGAUCUGAACUGCGUCUCAUAUCCGGUUUUCAGAGAGACUUGCAAUCAAGAUUUGGACAUGGCUGGUAAAUAUUGUUCUCAGAGUGGACAAUCAGUGUACAGCCAACACCAAGAUAUGUGUGGCAUUCUUCAGCUUUCUGAUGAAGUCCUGGCUCACAAUAUUUUGUCGCGCUUGACACCGAGGGACGUUGCAUCAAUUGGUUCUGUUUGCAGGCGGAUCCGGCAGCUAACAAAGAAUGAGCAUGUUAGGAAGAUGGUAUGUCAAAAUGCUUGGGGCAAAGAAGUUACAGGUACAUUGGAGCUGAUGACCAAGAAGCUAGGAUGGGGUCGUCUGACUCGAGAACUCACUACCCUUGAGGCUGUUUCUUGGAGAAAAUUCACAGUUGGAGGCGCGGUGGAGCCUUCCCGCUGCAAUUUCAGUGCUUGCGCAGCGGGAAACCGACUUGUUUUGUUUGGCGGUGAAGGAGUGGAUAUGCAGCCAAUGGCCGACACUUUUGUUCUUAAUCUUGAUUCUAAAAAUCCAGAAUGGCGGAGGGUCAGCGUUAAAUCAUCCCCGCCGGGGAGAUGGGGCCACACACUCUCGUGCUUGAACGGUUCUUGGUUGGUGGUUUUCGGUGGAUGUGGUAGGAAAGGAUUGCUGAAUGAUGUGUUUGUGCUUGAUUUGGAUGCUCAGCAGCCGACAUGGACGGAAGUCUGCGGCGGAGCACCCCCGCUCCCAAGAUCCUGGCACAGCUCUUGCACAAUUGAAGGCUCCAAAUUGGUCGUCUCUGGCGGCUGCACCGAUUCCGGGGUGCUUCUCAGCGACACAUAUUUACUCGACCUCGCAAAAGAUAAUCCAAUAUGGAGAGAAAUUCCGACCUCGUGGUCUCCUCCAUCGCGGUUGGGGCACUCUCUCUCGGUCUACGGGAGGACCAAGAUUCUCAUGUUUGGUGGACUUGCAAAGAGUGGACACUUGAGAUUGAGAUCAGGUGAGGCUUACACAAUUGAUUUGGAAGAUGAGAAACCGCAAUGGAGGCAACUAGAUUGCAAUGAAUUCAGCGGAUUGGCGAGUCAAAAUCCUGAUGUUCCUCCUCCUAGAUUGGAUCAUGUUGCUGUGAGCAUGCCUUGUGGGAGGAUCAUCAUAUUUGGAGGGUCCAUUGCUGGUCUUCACUCACCAUCUCAGCUGUUUCUGUUGGACCCUUCUGAAGAGAAACCAUCAUGGAGGAUCCUCAAUGUUCCAGGGCAACCUCCUAAGUUUGCUUGGGGUCAUAGCACUUGUGUGGUUGGAGGGACUAGGGUGUUGGUGUUGGGGGGACAUACCGGAGAGGAAUGGGUGCUCAAUGAGUUGCAUGAGUUGUGCUUAGCGAGCGACCUGUGAAGGCAGUGAACACACUAUCCAAAGCACCAUUACGCUUUGUAACAUCUCUUCAGAAGUGAUUAUGUGGCUUCUUAUGAGUUCAUACCAAACACCUUACUCUCAAGAAGACAAUAUUUUGUUUUGUUUACACGAUGAGGGUUUAUUUUUUUCUUUUUCAACAACAAAAAAGAGGUUUUAUUUGGGUUUGGUUCUUUCUGCCUUUAGCAGUUUGGUUUUGUUUACUGAACUAUUUUCUAUGACUGUUAUGUGAUGUUGUGUAUUACCACCAGGGUUAUUGAAUGAUCUAUGGCACCUUUGUACAUCAAAGAGUUCUUGGUUGCUA